AUGUAUCGGCAGAUUCUGACGGACCAACGUAGCAACAACCUGCAGCAUAUCGUGUGGAGUCCGUCACCAGAAGCCCCUCUACAAACAUACGAGCUGAAAACCGUUACUUACGGUACCGCUAGCGCCCCGUUUCUUGCUACACGAGUGCUGCAGCAACUGGCUGAUGACGAGCAGAACGAUUUCCCCGAAGCUGCCAACGUUCUUCGUAAGGACUUUUACGUUGACGACUUGUUUUCCGGAGCGAACACGAUAGAAGAAGCAAUCACUCUACGAAAGCAACUAGAAUCUCUUCUCAAAAGAGGAGGAUUUGAACUACGGAAAUGGGCUUCAAAUGAACCAGCGGUAGUAGAAGACGUCCCGACCGAGAACAGGGCUCUCAAGUCAUCGGUCGACCUCGACAGGGAUCAGUGCAUAAAAACCCUUGGGCUCCACUGGGAGCCAGCCACCGACGUUCUUCGCUACAAAACUCAACUUUCUUCAACCUCAUCUAACGAAGCUUUGACAAAACGGAUCGCACUUUCGUACAUAGCACGAUUGUUCGACCCACUUGGACUUGUUGGACCCGUCGUAACAACAGCAAAAAUCUUUAUGCAAGCGAUUUGGACACUCGUGGACGACGAGGGAAAGACAUGGAGCUGGGAUAAGGAACUUCCACCCACAUUCAAGACCCGUUGGGAAUCGUACCAGUCUCAACUUCCCUCCCUCAACGAGCUUCGGAUACCACGUUGCGUUCUGUUUCCGUCAUCAACAUCAUUGCAAAUCCACGUCUUCACCGACGCCUCCAAUCACGCAUACGGUGCGUGUGUCUACCUUAGAUCAACAAACUCCAAUGGCUGCGUCAAGGUAGCGCUCCUGACCUCCAAAUCUAAAGUCGCACCCCUCAAGAAACAAAGCAUUCCGCGACUUGAGCUGUGCGGUGCCCUUGCUGGCGCUCAACUCUACGAGAAGGUUAUGGCUUCGCUUCAAAUAACGGUCGAUACAUUUUUCUGGGUCGAUUCCACUGUAGUACUCUGCUGGCUGAAAUCCUCUCCCUCUACAUGGACAACAUUCGUGGCGAACCGAGUAUCCAAGAUCCAGCUUGCUACCAAAAACUGCUCGUGGAAUCACGUCGCCGGAAUACAGAAUCCAGCUGAUCUCAUCUCUAGAGGAACAACAGCGGAUAAUCUCACCGAAAGCAAUCUUUGGUGGAACGGUCCCGAAUGGCUACAGCGUGAACCUUCCGAAUGGCCAAUAGCUCAAUCCAACUCUAAUCAACCCGAAGAAGCCCUUCAAGAAACCAAGAAGCUACUCGUCACGGCAGUUCCAGCUGCCGAAGAACUGUCAUUCAUUGAUGAGCAUGUCGGAAAGUUCUCCAACUACGCACCGAACGACAACAACUACUACAACGGCAACCUGUACCAGCGAAGUCUCGUCUUCGAUGGUUUCAUCCUUUUCUCGACGACAAUCAAGUUCUUCGGAUCGGCGGACGACUUAGCAACUCUCAACUUUCGUUCGACAACAAGCAUCCCGUCAUCCUACCAUCGUCACACGCAUUCUCAUCUCUGCUGGUUAGAUCCUUUCAUCUACGACAUCUUCACGCAGCACCACAGCUUCUUCUCACGCUACUCCGUCUCCGGUAUUGGAUCAUAG